AUGCAUUCAGGAGGACCAGAUUCCGAACCAUUGUCUAAAUCCGAGAACCGUAUCCUCAAAAAGUACGGAAAGCUGCCGCGUGGAGGCUUAGUUGCUCAAAAGUCCAAGGAACGGACAUACUUUGACUCUGGCGAUUUCGCUCUUUCUGCUGCUGAUCGCGAGACUGACAACGGCGCUAUCCAAACGGGCAAAGCCCAUCCUAAUCGGGAAAGCAUUUCGCACCCUUACGCCCCUAACCCGGCCUCUAGUAACGUUGACGAAUAUGCCAACGAAGACGUACGUAGGAAAAGUGCGAGUACUGAAGAGAGUCCUCUCCUUCAACAAACAGACACUAAAGACGAACCGACAAACAUGGAGGGACAGGAAGAUCAUAUCUCUCACGAACGUUAG